GCUUCCUUUUGCACUGGCAGGUGGGGCUUCUGGGCUGUGGGAGGGCUGAUUCCCUCACUGGGUGAGACUUGAGCUCAAGUCUCACCCAGUGGCACCAGAGGUCUCAGUAUUCCCAAACUCAGGCCCUUCUCAGGCCUGCAGGCAAAGGAGAUAGCAAUUCUGUCAUCUCCUGCUCCUGAGUGGUUGCCAGACAUGUUGCAGGAUUCCGAGACAGGAGAGACCAAAUGGGAGUCAGGAGGCUUUAAGGUGUAUAUACCAGCUCAGUGAACUCUGUGUCCAAAAUGGCUGAGUUGUGAACAAAGAGAAGUUCCAGCUUUUAUACAUUUUGUCAAAGUGGGUGGUUUUUCUAGUUACAUAGCAAGUGAGUUUACAGGAACAGAACAAGGGUACUUUUGUAACUUUCCUUGAAAGAAGACAGUGUCUUCUGAAUCAUAUGAGAAUAGAAUGUCAUAAACUUUGUUUACAGGAGACAGUUGUUAAUUUUAUCUGUACCAGAACAAGGAGUUACAGCUAUAGGGGAGAAAGGGGUGAUCUGGGGGGAGGCUGCCCAAGACUGGGAAGGAUUUGUUUUCCUUUAAAUCCCGCUGACCGUGACUUUUAGAAGUCAAUAGUAUGUCUUGGGAUUCACCUAUGUUCUUACACAUACCCAGACUUUGCUUCAUUGCAGUAUAAAAUUAGAUUGAAUGAAUGUGCCAAAAAUUUAAGUCUUAUUUUACAAUUAAAGAACAUUUGAGUUGAUCCAGGUUUUUGCUAUCACUGGACAGUGCUGCUAUGAAUAUUCUUGCACAGGUUUUCUAGAGCAUAUGUACAAGGGUUUCCCUAGGUUUAUUCCAAAGGGGGGAGAUGUGAAAUCAUAGUGUGUGUGGCUUCAAAAUUGUUACAAAAGACUAAAUUAUCUUCUGUUAUGUCUGCACCAAUUUUAACUUCCACCAGUGCUGUACAAGUGUUAAAAUCAUCACUGAUUCUUCUGAUUUUCAAAUUUUUCCUUUUCUGGUAGACAUGAAACACUAUUAUAUUUUGGUUUUAAUUUGACUUCUUCCUUGAUACUAAAUAAAAUUGAUAUUUUCAUGUUUAUAGUAUAUAAAGAAAGUAAUGGCAAAUUCAAACUCCUUGGCUAGAAGGAGGCCACAGAACAAAUCGCCUCCUGCCCUUCAUCCUGGGCCAUCACUUGGAAGCAUAGAGGGCCAGAUGACAAGAUGCCCUCUGACACUGACAUCGGGGUGCCUGAGAUAAGUGUGGGGCUGUGAGCUGCCACCUACUCCACAUACAAAUGAGGAGGUUACAGUUGUGACCCAGCUGCAGAACAUCAUCAACAUCAUCACCAUCGUCACAGCAAAUGUGCCCUGCACCUCUCCUUCUGCAGUAGUCACCGUGACUGCAGCUGCCCUUUCCAGCCCUAGUGGGUAGGUUUUGUAGAGAGAUACAAGGAGUAGCUCGAAGGAGUGGAGCAGUCUGCCCAAGGCCCUCAGAGAAGUAGUAGAAGCAGCAUUUGAAGGGGAUGGACUCGUACAUUUGCCUCCAGAGCCCACAUGCACUAAUGCAGUGUGCAGACCACUCCUCAGUGAUGUGGUGCACGACGUACAAGGGGACACCUUCCAGGAACAGUGAGUCUUGGAGAACCCCAGGGAAGAGGAGGAUGUGAGCCUUGCAGGAAGACUGGUGCAACGGAGCCGGGAAGCUGGAGCCCGAGGACACCAGGUGAAAAGGGGGGACACCAGCUCAGCAGGAAGGUGGCUCGGAGCAGAAAGCCCUCCUGGACCAUGCCCCGGGUGAGCUGUCCUGGAAACAAAACAGCGGAAAGAAUCUGCCUGACCUGGGCCCCUCCAUUGUGACAUCGCAGCCCCCAGGGCUAUAAGAAGGCGGCCAGGCUGGCUGGGGCCACUCCCCCGACCCGGCCUCCAUCACCCCCGGCACAGCCAGCCCACCAUGCUCCUGCUCCCACUUCUGCUGCUCAUGCCCCACGCCAAGGCAGCAGAUGUUGGAUGUGGUGAAAGACCCAUUUUCAAUGACAGAACUCAAUAUUCCCGGAUCGUCGGGGGGAGAGAGGCGGGGGAGGGUGAGUUCCCAUGGCAGGUGAGCAUUCAGGUCGCCAAUGAGCACCUUUGUGGUGGCACCAUCCUCAGCGCAUGGUGGAUCCUCACAGCUGCUCACUGCUUAACUUCCGAGGAAAUAUCCCCCAAAGAACUGCGUGUGGUGGUGGGGACCAACGACUUAACCAACCCACGCUUGGAAAUUAAGCAGGUCACCAGCAUCAUCUGCCACAGGGGCUACGUGAGAGCCACCAUGGACAACGAUAUCGGCUUGCUGCUGCUGGCCUCACCCAUCAAGUUCAACGGCCUGAAAGUGCCCAUCUGCCUGCCCCCGCAGCCCAGCCCCAUCAGCUGGCUCGAGUGCUGGGUGGCAGGAUGGGGACAGACCAGUUCAACUGAAAAAAACUCCAUGAAAAGCGAUCUGAUGAAAGUGCCAAUGGUCAUCAUGGACUGGAAGGAAUGUUCCAAGCUGUUCUCAAAACUCACCAAAAACAUGCUGUGUGCCGGGUACCAGAACAAGAACUACGACGCCUGCCAGGGCGACAGCGGGGGGCCCCUCGUCUGCACCACAGAUGAGUCGAGCAGUAAGUGGUACCAGGUGGGCAUUAUCAGCUGGGGCAGGAGCUGUGGGCAGAAGAACACCCCAGGAAUAUACACCCUCUUGGCCAAAUACAACCGCUGGAUCAAGAACGUGACACAGCUGGAGGGAAGGCCCUAUAGCGUUGAGGAAAUGUGGGAUUCUCCGGAACAACCACGACAAAACUCUGGGACCUCAGCAAGCCCCGUGCCAGGCAGCCGAACAGCCUGGCUCCUGGCCCGCCUUCUGCCCUGCCUGUUGCUCAGAGCUCUUUUCAACUGGUAAUAAAACAGGUGCAGUCCCUCACCAAAGCCAGCCUAAGUGCCCAGGCAGGGCUCACUUUUGUGCUCUCCCUGCCUCAACCUCCCAGAGUGCUGGGAUUACAGGUGUGGCUCCCUGUACCUGGCUCCCAAUGCUAUUUUGUGUAUUUUGUUGCUCUAAUUGUUCCAGCCCUGGCCACAGCCGCUCUCAGUUGGCCCCUCUGACAGCCCAUAUCAGGGUGUAUCCUAGGCUGGCCUCCAAGUCCUGACCGUCCUGCCUCACCCUCCUGAAUGCUAAGGUCACAGGCCUGUGCCACCACCAUGCCAGGCUUUUUGUCUUCUUUGGAACACUUCCUUAUGCUCUGGCAUUAGAAAAUGCUAAAGGAAGCAUUUUUAAUUGCAAGCUGAUGAAAUUCUCAGUGUUAGUUAGUUAGAAAUCCUCAGUGUCAGAGGCUGCAGCUGGAUGAGUUCUUACACCAAGGAGACCGGCCUCACUGCUGCAUGCUGUAACCCAAGGGUCUUGCCCAGGACACUAAACUGCAGAUAGGAAAAUGCACUGGAGCCGGGCAGUGGGUGACAGAACAGCCCAGCAGGAUUCAGGAGUGUGCAGCACUUUAAACCCCAGUGGGCACAUGGCCGCUCCAGCCCAUCUGCUCUGCAUCUAGAUAAUGUUGAACACCAUGGGGUGGAACUUCCCGUCCUGCAGCCACUGAGAGGAGAGGAGGGCAGGAGAGAGGAGGAUGCGUUCUCGGCCUCAGUGGGACAGGCAGAGAGAUGUUUAACAGCCAUUGGAAUAUGAGGUUUGGAGCCUGAGCUUUAGUCUCUUAGAAAGGGUAAUUUAAGCCACAUCAAGGGACAGAAUGUCAAACCAGAGGUCAGAUCUCUUGGCCAAUAUCUGAUUUUCUUAAUAAUUUCAAGGGUCUGGAGAGGCCAUGCAGGCCAAAGCCCAGGGCUGCCUGUGCAGCUGGCCGGGUCCUUAUAUCAGAGGAUGACAAGCUCUGGCCUGGCUUUAACACAGGCAGUGUCUACACCCUGGCUGCUGCAGCAUCACUUGGCCAGAGAGCACUCUUUCCAUUAGAAACAUCCCCAUUUUGUUUUCAGUUAAGUGCAUGACUCGCCUGAUUUUUCAAGAGCAUCGUGCCCAUGCACCCAGACCCCAGGUUUGUCUGCCAUGAGCAGUAUCAGGUAGACCAGAUACCUCUUGCCAAUCAUACACUGUAGCGAAGGACACUGCUGAAGAAUACCAGGGGCGUGUUUUCCAAGAGCUCUGUGUGAUGCUAAGAUGAUUUCUUCUGGUCAUGCUUCCCCAGGACAGGGUCAGCAUGGAUUGCAGGUCCUUUCCUUCCCAGUAGUGGAAGACACUCAGGGGGGAGAGCAAAGGGGAAAAAAUAGGAUGAGGACAGAACCCUAGAGAAAACUUAGUAGCUGAAAGGCUGGCAGAGAAGAAAAUGUGUCAAGGAGCCUGAGAAGGCAGCCAGGGGUUGGGAGGAAGGCAGGGAAAUGCUGUGCCUCAGAAGGUAGAUGAAGGAAUCGUUUGCUCAUCAAACACUGCUGAGGGUCAGAGAAAAUAAAGGCUGAGUGUGGUGGUACAUGUCUCUAAUCCCAGCACUCUGGGAGGCUGAGGCAGGAGGAUCCCAAGUUUUAACCCAGCCCCAGCAACUUACUUAGUGAAACCCUGUCUCAAAAUGAACAAACAAAUAGGGAUGUAGUCAGUGCAAAGGCCCUGGGUUCCAUCUCCAGUACUAGAAGGAAAGAGAAAGAAAGAAAGAAAGAAAGAAAGAAAGAAAGAAAGAAAGAAAGAAAGAAAGAAAGAAAGAAAGAAAGAAAAGAAAAGAGUGAGAGAGAAAGGAAAGGAAAGGAGAGAAGCCCAUGAAGGCUAACUCAGAGGCAUGGUAGCCUGGUGUCCCAGGUUCGACAGCUCAGUUCCCAUUAAGGCCCAGUACCAAGCCCGGAGCUGUUUUUCAAAGGGAGAGGCAUUGCCUGCAGCUGAUGGCAGCUCGCAGUGAGCGCUUCCCUGGGAGCUGCCAAGCACCCAGCCUCCUGCCCGUGCCAGCCUGCCUCCUUCCCCCGGCUGUGCUGCCCUGCCAGUCGCAGGAGCGCCUGUGUGCUUACUGUGUCUGUCCCUCCACGAGAACGAGACUUCUGCCUGUGGACUUUGCUCUUGUUCCAAAUACAUGGAACAGCACCAGUGAAUGCAAGGUUUUGGCGAGUGUUUGAUGAAUGAAUAAACAACCCCCAGAACCCACCAA